CACACAAAUAUUCAUAAAAAUAACAACCCCGAUAAUACCGUACAUAUGUAUUACUCAUAAAUACAUUGAAAAUAAAUAUAAUAAUUUCUAUGCCCGACUUUAACGUAAAUGAAACUAGUGGCGCAGUUUUAUUUUGUUAAAGUCGUUCGAACAUUGCAGACAGCGCGCACGCGACUUAACAUAAAACAGCUGUCCGGUCUUGAGAAUAAAAAUACAAAAAGAAACGUCUGCUCAUAGAGUGUGCUCCCGCAUACAAUUUGUGUGGGUAUAUUGAUGAACUAGAGAAACAGUUUUUUUUUCGGUAUAAUUUCAUUUUUCUAUGGUCUAUACCAACUGCCAUUUAAAAAGAAAUUUUCUUAUCACCUGUGAACAUUCUUAUGUGUAAAUGGACUAAGUGACAAACGGAUUCUGAUAAAUGAGUGGAAGUUAAGUGGAACUUUUUUUAAAUUUUGUUUUAAUUGUAUAAGAAUGAUAAGAGUGGAACAUUUCGUUUAAUUAAUUUGAAUAAUUAAUGAGCGACAAAGUGAUAAUACAAACUGUUUCCAUUUCACGUGUAAUUUGAGUGAAUUUUACAAUAAUGGCCACAAUUGGAGUUCUGUCGUUCAACAUGACACACAAUAAUGGAUUAAAGCAAUUAUCUAGCUCAGUGACUAACAUAAACAAUAAUAAUUCGCCGAAAAUGGUUAAGUCCGGUGUAACGAAGCGAAACAGUGAAAUGAACGUUGUCCGAAGAAAACAAAAAAUUCUGCCGUUAACGGAAUCAAAUUCAAAUAUCAUGAAUGUGACAUCAGCCAACGAAAAAGCGGCACUGAAAGCAGCCAAACAAUGUGCACAAAAUCAAAAGUUAACAAAAUCACAGACACCUCCACUAGCCGUUGCCAGACGAAAUGCACGCGAACGAAAUCGUGUAAAGCAGGUAAACAAUGGAUUUGCAGCGUUGCGAGAACGUAUCCCAGAAGAGGUAGCGGAAGCAUUCGAGGCGCAGGGUAAUGGGCGAGGAUCAGCGAAGAAAUUAAGCAAAGUGGAAACGCUACGCAUGGCCGUCGAGUAUAUUCGAAGCUUGGAACAGGUCCUGGCCAUGGACAAUGAAAAUAAAUCAAUUUUAGACAAUACAUCCGAAACGAACAAUUCAUCUGUGAUAUCGAUGACCACACCACCUCCCGAAAAUUCGCAACAACUUAUCGAUGAUGGACUAAUCAUGGAAUCGUCGUUGCCCGAUUUAACCGUCAUCAACGGAAUGCAGUAUGUACGAUUGCCUGGUACAAACACGUACCAAAUGUUGACAACAUUCUACGAGAACGACGAAAAUAUGCAACCAUUACUACAGUCCCAUGCCAUUUCAUUGCUCAACCAAAGCGACUUUUCAUCCCAAAUGCUCGAUCCAAACAUCGGUUAUAUACAGACACCACUAAAUGUAAUGACACCUGCAUCUGUAUCACCCAGUGCCUAUAGUGGUCAAUCGCUAUCACCUGUCCUACAUGAUAUAAAACGUGAACAUUGCUUCGUAACAUUACCACAUUCACCGAUUGACGAUAAGACGACUGUGUUUUUAGAUUCAAAUCAUUCGUACGAUGGAAUAAUUACAUUGAAAACAGAAGUUCACGACGAUGAUAUGCUUGCGGAAAAUCAACCAUUGUCGGAGGAAUCAAUGAUGGAGGCCAUUGAUUGGUGGGAUCAAACUCAUAACGACAGUCAGGAUGUUAGUUAGAAUGGGGGGGGGGGUGAUUUAUGUUACCGCAUUGCACAGGUCCUAGUAUUUGAUUGCAUUUUGUCUUAAAGCUUUUUUCUUAACGGACAUCAAUAUUUUGUAUAGUGAACGUUCUCUUUUUACUUUAACUGAGAGAAAAAGUUUGAUGGCACAAAACGUAUGAAAUGAAAAUGCGAAAUAAUAAGAAGUUUGCUCGGUGCUCUAACUAUGAUUGUUCUGUUUUCACAGCAAAUUGCCCAACGAUUACGACUAAAUCUGUCACAGUUAGAGCAAUCGAACUAAUUUCUUACCCUUCAAUUGGGAAAAUAUUGAUUAAGUAUGUAAACGCAGACACGAAUCGUAAACCAGUAAAGACAUACAGUGUUAUUGAGGUACUAUAUUUAGUUAUUUUAUGGAAAAUUUAAGCAUAGCUAUAACCGAAUAAUUAAUUAUUUAUUAAGUAAUUUAAAUAAAUUUUAUAAUAUAUUUUACUGGAGGCAUUUUUGAAUAACCAGCCGUCCCAGAGUCGGCCACCAAUCUCACAUUUUGAGAACUAUAUAGAAAAGCUCACUAUAAAGAAUAACUCAUCUGAUAACCUUGGUUAAUCAAUAAGAGUUCAGUCA